AUGAUUUUCGAACACGGUAGCAUUGUCUUGGCAAAACUUAAGGGAUUCCCAUGGUGGCCAGCAAAAAUUGAAAAGGAGAAUAAAAUCCCUGAGCAUAUCUUAAAGAAAAAACCAAAACAUCAAAAUACCAUUCCUGUUAAAUUCUUUGGAACCAAUGAUUAUGGAUUUGUUAAUAAGAAAGAUAUCAAACAAUUUGAUAUGAAUAAAGCAAAGGAUAUGAUUAAGAAAAAAACCAAUAAAAAACUAGUUGAAUCAACUGGUUAUGGUGUUAGAUCAAUCAAGAAGGAAUCUGAUGUUAAUGCUGAUAAUAGUAGUUCUGACAAGAAACCAAUAAUUCGUGCUCGCAGAACAUACAAAAGAUCUGUCAAUAACAAGGAUCAGUCAGUGAAUGAUGAUAAAAAUACCAGCAAUAAUAAAAGUCCUGGUAAAAUAGGUAAUGAUGAUGAUGAUAAAAAUGCAGUGACUGAUAAUCAUAAACAAGAGGUUGAUGGUGAUAAAGAAAUGGUUAAUAGUGAUCAACAAGAUGAUAAACAAGAAGUUAAUGGUGAUCAAAAUGUUAGUAAUGAAGUAAAAAUUAACAACAGUAGCAACAACAAUGUUAAUGUUAAUGAUGAAAAUGACAAAAAACCAGGAACUCAUCGUACUUUUAGAACAACCAACAAGAGGUCUAGUAAAAAUGAUGAAACUAUCACUGCUAUUAAUGAUAAUAAGGAAAGGGAAGGGGAAGGAAAGCAAGAUGGCAUUGACAAAAAACCAGCAGCUCGCGUUUCCAGAAUUAACAAAAGGUCUUAUGACAAUCAUGAAGAUUCUUCUAAAACUACAAGAGAAAAGAAGAAACGAAAGGAUAAUGCUGGUGGUGUUGUUGUUCUUUUCACAAAUAAUGACACUAGCUCUACAAAAAAUGCUGCCGAUAAUACUGAUGGUAUUACAGAUGCCUUUGACCCCACUACUAAUACAAUUAAUGGUGAAGAAGAAAUAGAUAAAAUGAACAUAGAUGAAAGCAAUAAGGGCGAAGAAAAAAAAGAAAUUACCACUAGCAAUGGCGAAAGUUCAAUUGAAAUAAACAAUGAAGAUAUGGAAGCUAUUGAAAUCAAUAAAAGCAACCUUGAUGAAAAUAAUGUUGAAAAGUUGCUUGAUUUAAGACGACAAAUUCAAAAGCAUGCUCUCAAUAAAGAUGAUAUUAAUGAAAGGGAGAUGAAAGUUAUCAAUAACAAAUUCACAGAGAUUGAGAAUAUCUCCGCUACUAUCCAACAAAUAAAAGAAUCUAAAAUGGGAAUUUUGAUGCAUAAGAUGUCCGAGAAAACUAUUAACAAUGAUACAUUCAAUAUUGUUGGAAGAAGCUUAAAUCUUGUAAAUAAAUGGAAAAAACUAAUAGAUGAACAGGACCAAUAA